ACAAGGGUUCCCUAAAAGGCUGCUGGAACAAGGGACAACAGUACAUCGACAAUUACUAUCGAGACCUCCCAAUGCCAUAUGAAGAAACUAUUAGGGACUACUCCAUGUCUAUCAAAGGGGAGUACACCUUGCCAGAAUUUAUCGGCUACCUGUCGACGUGGUCAGGGUACCAGGAGUACUGCAGGCGCCAUCCUGAAGAUCUUGGUGCCUUACUUCAGAACCUACAGCAGAGGUUAUACGAAACCACAAAGACGACAAAGCCGGUCGAAGAGCUGAUCUUCCAUGUUUACUUCCCGGUCUUUCUACUCUUGUCCAGGAAGCCAGAACUGUAGAAAGUAUCGAGUACGCGUCACUUCUUAGUCGAGUACGAACACCGCACCAAUCAAGCAACCUGAUCUUGAGUUGUAGGCGCGGAAAGAUAAACAUACAAGUUAACAAUACUGCCUUUUGAGGCUGAACCUCCUUCAUACGAUUUGUUACUACUUCAAAAUCUGCUUGGAUAUUAGAUUCACUGCAGACGAUAUAGCUUCAGCAACUUUUCAGGUUUUUUUUUUCUGCUUGUAAAUUGUUUAUUAUGAAUUGAUGAGAGCUAGUCUUCCAUACCAAAGCGCUUUUUGAAUAGGUUAGGAGUUUGCUGGUGCCUUCAAAUGGUUCUCUCCAGCCAGCCAGACAGAGUGUGCCUUUCAGACGCUCAUUAGUGUUUCCAAAUAGAUUGGUAUUGACGUUAACAGCAGGGUUAAACCAAACAGUUUGAAACCCAUGUAUACGUCCUGAACUAAAGUAACCCAGUCAUGUUCUUCUUCGACUGAUUUGUCAUAUGCAAAAUUGUAUAUUGUACCACAUACAAUUAUGGAUCCACAUGUGCUAAUAUUUGAGGUUUGAAUCAGUGAAUAUAAUA